AUGGGCGCGGCACACAUAGAGCACAGCUUCUUCCCGUGGGAGGAGACCAACCUGCACAGGCUGCACUGGGAAGGCGACAAGAUGUUCGUCAUGGCCGAGGUGGCGACCCUGCUCUUUGAGGAGAGCCCGGUGAUGUUCGCCAAGUUCCUCCGCGCCAACCAGUACCCGCGAAAGCACACGGUGGAGCGCUCCGUCGUCGACAAGUGCGCCGCGCUCGGCAUCUCCGGCGAGACGUCGUCGGGGGGUUCCGUCGGCGUCACGCUGCUCCCCGCCACGACGGUCGAGGCGUGCCUCUUCGACCGCAGGCGCAACGAUCUCGUCAAGCCGUUCAAGCUCUCCCUGCUCAACCUCGCGUCCCAGGAAGCCGAGCGACACAUCGCGGCGGGUCACUUCGAACUCGCGCUGCCCGUCGCCCUCGACGUGGUCCGUCGCGGCCAGGACAUUUACCCGCCCAAGCCCAAGGCGCCACCCGCGGUGGAACUCUUCCCCGCGUACCUCCUCGCCGCCGAGGCCAACGCUGGGGUCGGCCGCGCGAACGCGGCGGAGGAUUUCCUGGGCCUCGCGCGGUGGCUCGCCCUCGGAAACCCCGAGUUGGUCGGCGACGAGGCUCUGGCGAGGAUGCACGAGCUCUUCGGCGAUCUGCGAUCGUCGCAGCGCAGGAUGGACGAAGCCGCCGCCGCCUUUGCCGAGGAGACGUACCACCGCGCCAGCGCGCACGGCCCGGAGGACGUGCGCACCACCUUCGGGUACCUGCGUCUCGCGCGUUGCUUCGAAAACACGGGCGAUCACGGCAAGUGCGUCGCGUUUUGCCGAACCGUCUGUGACGUGUGGUUGGAGGCGACGGUGGCAUCCAACCUGGGCGCUGCGCUGGGCGAGGGAGUCAAACGGACGCUGGCCACCACGCCCCUGAACGCGCCGCUGCCGCUGCGGAAGAAGCAGACGCUAGAGGGCGUGGACGAGCUGAUGUGGGCGCGGAACGUGCUGAUGAGAGGGGACUCGCGAGGAGACGGAUCCGUGGGUGACGCCGUUUGCGCGGCGGAUGCGUCGCUCGCGGCGGGGUGCGCGCUGCUGGGUCUCGUCGCGACUGGGGGUUCGGACGCGGCGGCGACGCUGGCGAGGGCGACGACGCUGGUGGAGGAGGCGCUCGGCGAGUACCCGGCGGCGGAGACCGAGCGGGUGGGCCUGGCGGAGCGGGCGCUGGCGGCGGCCGCCGCGGCGAUGGACGGUGUCGUGGACGGCGAUGGACGGUCGCGAAGGACGUCAAUUUCUAACGUAAGGUGA